AUGGUUGUCUUCAGCAAAGUCACCGCCGUUCUGGCCGGUAUUGCCUCCGUCUCCUCGGCUGUGCCGAUGGGUGGAAAGAGCAAGUUCACUGUUAACCAGUCGGUUCGCCCUGUCACCAAGACCCGGACUAUCAACUUGCCCGGCAUGUACGCCAAUGCCCUCUCCAAGUACGGCGCCUCCAUCCCCUCGGGUGUUAAGGCUGCUGCUGAGAGCGGCUCCGCUACCACUACCCCCGAGGCCAAUGAUGUCGAGUAUCUGACCCCCGUCAACGUCGGUGGUACAACCCUGAACCUGGACUUCGACACUGGUUCGGCCGAUCUUUGGGUCUUCUCCGGAGAGUUGCCCGCCUCUGAGCAGACUGGCCACUCCAUCUACAAGCCCAGCAACGGUACCAAGCUGUCCGGCGCCUCCUGGUCCAUCUCCUAUGGUGACCAGAGCUCUGCAAGCGGUGAUGUCUACAAGGACACCGUCGUUGUUGGUGGCGUCAAGGCCUCUGGUCAGGCCGUUGAGGCUGCUAAGCAGAUCAGCCAGCAGUUCGUGCAGGACAAGAACAACGAUGGUCUGCUUGGCUUGGCUUUCAGCUCCAUCAACACUGUUAAGCCCCAGUCCCAGAAGACCUUCUUCGACACUGUCAAGAGCCAGCUUGACAAGCCUCUGUUCGCUGUCACCCUGAAGCACAACAAGCCCGGCUCUUAUGAUUUCGGUUACAUCGACAAGUCCAAGUACACCGGCGAGCUUGCCUACACUGAUGUCGACAGCUCCCAGGGCUUCUGGAUGUUCACUGCCGACAGCUACAAGGUUGGCAGCCAGUCCGGUGGUUCUAUCAAGGGCAUUGCUGACACUGGUACCACCCUCCUGAUGCUCCCCGACGAUGUUGUCUCCGCCUACUACAAGCAGGUUGACGGUGCCAAGGAGGACCAGUCCGCCGGUGGUUACACCUUCGCCUGCUCUUCCAAGCUCCCCGACUUCACUGUCACCAUUGGCGGCUAUGACGCCGUUGUCUCCGGUGAUCUGAUCAACUUCUCCCCCGUCACUGACGGCAGCUCCACCUGCUUCGGCGGUAUUCAGAGCAACUCCGGUCUCGGCUUCUCCAUCUUCGGUGACAUCUUCCUGAAGAGCCAGUACACUGUGUUCGACUCCAACGGACCUCGCCUCGGCUUCGCUGCCCAGGCAUAA